UAUUAAGGGUUUUAUGAAGUAACACAAUUUAGUGAAUCGAGUGUUCCACGAGUGUUCGAUGUACUAGUGGUCGAUCGAGGUAAACACACUUACACACGGUGCUGCGUUCUCCACGUACACUCUAACAGUGUGUUCCAGGCGGCUAGUGUUUCUGAUCGUGGUGCUGCUGCUGUGUUCUAGAGUUGACUGCUGUUGGUUGUUGUGUGAAAACUGAGCUCGAACUCGCGCUUUGGCUUUGUGGUAACCCCAGAAGACAGCGUCGGCAGCGUGCUGUUCCGGGUGGAAGCAAAAACCCCGCGAUCAUCCCCGGUGUGAUUAGCCCCCGGCAGUUAGAGCGGUGCGGUUCCCAACCAGCGAAGGAUUUUUUGCGCCAGGCACGAAGGCAGCUUCAGCCCACUAGAAGAGCCCACAGCCACGUACGUGCGAACGCAGCGAGGAGUACACACACCCGCAAUCAAACUGUUCCCGGAUCGGUGUCCGAGAAAGGUGGCACAAGCAACUUACUGUGCAAAACGGCAAGGGCGCGUACUACAUUAGCAUACCCCCAGCAGCCAGCUAGCCAUCAGCAGGCAUCAGCAGUAUCAGCAUUAUGUCAAGUGGUGUUGAAGAAAUCCUUUCCUACAAGCGCGACUCGAAGGAGGACCUCUAUGGGCUGCUGAACUGCAAUGAAACCUCAACGGUUGACCAGAUUCAAGCGGAAUUUAAAAUAUUGGCCCUGCAGUACCACCCGGAUAAAAACGCUGGCGACAAGGAGUCGGAGGCAAAGUUUCAGCAGUUGAAAGAAGCGAAGGAAACUCUGUGCGAUCCGGAGAAGCGGGCCAGCUACGACAAGUGGCGCAACAGUGGCAUCCAGAUCAGCUACAAAAACUGGCUCGGAAUGAAAGAGCACGUCCAGCAGAGCAUGCACUGGGCUAUCCCGAAGACCAAAGAUCGAAUGCUACCGGACGGUGCCGGUGCUUCCGGCCCCGCUGCUGCUGGCUCCGGUUCCGGGCUUAGUGCCGCUCAGCCCAACCCGGCCCACCGGCGCGCCUCGGAAGGAGGAGCAGCCCUCUACUACGGCAGCCGGAAGGGUGAAUGGGGCUCGGAAAACUCGAGCGAAGUUGUCAACAAGUUCCGCAACUAUGAGAUAUAAAGUGGAUCUGCAGUAACGCAUGAUACGCAUGCCGUUUCACUCCUAUGUCCCGUCUAUCGUUGAACCCGGCCCGGCUGUACGAAACACGACAUAGUAAGCGAUGGGAAUUUAAGAGCAACAACCACCUCGUUACAUUCGCCCCAACUUAGUCGAUUGAAAGCACGUCGAUAGUUAAUUUCCCCAUGAUCUGAUUCAGAGACAGUGCUUGGAUGGCACAUUUUGUUAUCUUUUGUUGUAGUUAGGUUUGUUUAGUAUUAAGUCACUGUUUUAUCAUCAUUGUUAUCAUUGUUAUUUUUUUUUCUUUUGUCAUAAUUUUCUUUCUCUUUGGUAACGAUUUACGAACAUUCCACAGUGUUAGCAGAAAUUCGUUAGCUGGGCCGAUAGGCAACACAUAGCAUACAUAUAUUAAAAGAACCCAUAACAAAUGAUUCAUCCCAAUCCCAAAAACGCCACAAUCCACUGCAGGGAUUUAUGAUCGAACGAAGAUGGUUACAAAACAGUGACAGUACACGCCACGCUGAAAGAGUGCACCGAACGUAUAAUUUACCUACGAGUGUAUGUCGCAUGACAUGAAACAUUCCAGCCGCCAUUGGCAAUUUAACCGAACAUUGCAGUAGGCCACACACAUUGGCGAAGACUCGUUCUUUCUCAAAUGAGAUAGAGAGAAAAACAAACCCAAAAUUCUCCCCCAUCAUGAUCGCAAAAUCUCUCGCGCUCUCAGUCUUCCCUGCUCUCACUCAGAAUGCCGUAAUCGAUUGACAUUGUACAUUUUACUUAUGCUAAGUGGAUGAUGGUAAUUUUGCGAAAAGCAGAGAAGUUAACCAACCGCGUACAGGGUUGUAACUUAACAAACGAUGACGACAAUGGUUGCGAAUAUAUGGUGGUAUGUGUGUGCCGUGACGAACCAAACUAAACAUUCAACUUCCGCGGAACAGCUGUUCGGAAGGAUCGGCAAAAGUGACCGCCGAGAAUCAUUUAAAUUUAGCAAAUGCAAUGAUGUAAGACGUCGAAACACGACAAGAGUAAUGAUUUCCAUAAGAACCGGGUUUAAAAGCGCAUAGAACAUAUUUGCGGUGUUUACCUCAAAGAUUUGCUGCUCGCAACCAAGCGACCUUGGUGGAAUAGAACACCAUUCGAAACCAGGCAAAUCGAACCGAUGCUCUCUAUUUUAUAGUAUUUUACGGUACACACUGUGGCGAUUGCUGCGAUGCAUACGACAUAUACCUACCUGUAUACCUUUUUACUUAUAUGUGGUGAUACCCAUAGGAGAAAGAGAGCUUCGCUUUCGACAAUGUACCAUUUUAAAUCAAGCUAUGUAGGUGAUAAUAAGUGAAUGUAAAACCUCCGUACCAGUUGUGCUCUAUCUUAUCGUCCCACCUCUCGUCCCGCCAGUCCAAUCGAGAAAAUCUGCUAAGGAUGUGCUGCAAAUGUGCGUCGGUGUAUGUAGGAUACCCUGUGAAGCACGCAUUGACACUCCCCCUGCAAUGGUGUUGUGGUGGUGGUGGAACCUGCGACAAAACUUGCAUGAAAAGAAAACCCUUUUUGAGAUAUUUUUAACCACCCGAAAAAAAAAUUGAAGCACCUCUCACCAAACGUUCUACACUAAAAAAAGACACAUCCAAAAAGGCAUCCCUAAACGCCUGUGCUUAGAAGCACAACGAUUCACUUCGGAAGAGUAACAGUACUCAAAGUAGCAAUUUAAAUGUCACUGGAACAUGGAAGCAAUCAAAAACACAAAAAUAUGAAACAAACUGAAACUUUACGGAACCUGAAGAAACCUGGCUCUCGAGACUGAAUGUGUUUGGGUUUAUUUUUCCAACUAUUUACAUAAACACGUGUGUUUAGAUUAGCUCUUAACGUGGAACAUCCUUAAACACAAACCCACACGCACUUCCUUCCGUUCGACAAUUGCUUCCGGUGAGGUCAACUAAAUUCACACUAUUGAAGAAAAAAAAAACCUUCCGGGCGGAGAUCAGAUACUGGCACUGUUUCAGGAGUUGCUCUGCAUAGAAUGUAGCACAAAAAAAUGUCCCUGUGGUGCAGGAACCCAGAUUAUGCGUCUAUUGUCGUUCUACGUUAUAUGUCGUAUCAGAAGUUAAGGAGAUUUAUAAACACAUAAAUGUGACGUGAGAUAGCAGCACAUGCGAUGACCAGAAUUUGUUACCUGCGAUGACCUGCUGUUAAUUAUCUUGUUGUUGGAAGCUCUAAAAAAAGACACUAAUCUUAAUAAUAUUGCUAUUCAUUACCAUUAAUUAAACAGGUGCCAAGAAGGUUGGAAAAACAAUAUCAAACUGUAGAACCCAAAAGAUAAACCCGUUAUUCGGCAGCAAAUCGUGAAUUGAACGUUCAAGCUAUGCCGGUGCAGAUCGGGUUGCAAUCAGGUCAAAGGACCAAAGCUGAAAAUACGCAGCCCCUAUAAGGGGAUGAUCCCAAAUGUGAUUUUACGUUGUUGUUCCUAUCCUGUGUCCCUAUCUUCCGGGAAGAUAUUAGCAAACGUUGGUUAAAAAUUAAACGGACUCUACGUUCAACAGUUCGACGGCAUGAUAGAUUCGAAUGCAAACGGUAGAAGGAAAACCCAAUCUUUCUUAGAUUGACAUACGGGCCCCCAAAACACAGCCAGGCACCCUACAAAGCUGAAACUUGUUAAAUACGUUCCAUAGCAAGCCAAGACAAAACAAUAUGAACCCAAUUGAAGUUUGUUGUGGGGAAUUCAAUGGUUUGCAAACCACAUAUUCAAUGUUUAGCAGUACCCACAAGUAUACACAAGAGUAUAGUAACAACUGCUGUUACUACCGACAAACAACCAUUUGAAUGCAUGAAGGAAGAUAAACACUACAGUACACAAAAUACAGAUGAUAUACACACAAACAAAACAAACAUACACUCCCAUACAUACAGAAAUACACAAGAUGAUGCACGCCCGAAGGCGAAACAUUUGAACACUAAUUAGUUUAAAACGUAUUAAACAAGCAAAAUAUUAUAAAACAAAAGCGAUCAAUGUAUGACAAAGUGUGCUCUUCACUUCCAGCCGUUUGCUUAGCGUGCGCAUGAUCCCUGCGCAGCGUUAAACUUUUCUACAAAAAGUAACAACCGUUAGUGGAGCGCUACCACCUACCGAUGGCAGUGGUUGAUGCCCAACUUUACCCCUUUUACACACUGAAUAAAGUAACAUUUUGCAACUCU